CAUUCAUGACGGAAAGUGUUCCAGUAGCUAAAUACUUGCACGUAUCACAGCAUCGGCGAGGAUAAGGAGCUGCGCAAAAGUGAAAGCAAACGAUGUCUAAACCUAAAUUAGUUGUGUUUGACCUUGAUUACACCCUGUGGCCUUUUUGGGUGGAUACCCAUGUUGACCCACCUUUUCACAAAGAUAAAAGUGGCAUGGUGGUGGACUCAAGAAAUGGCAAAAUCUCUUUGUAUAAUGACACAGUGGAGACACUGAAAUCUCUCCAUGAGCAGGACAUUAAAAUUGGCAUUGCAUCACGCACUGGUGAAGUGGAUGGAGCCAAUCAGCUACUAUCACUCUUCAAUCUCAAUCAGUAUAUCUCCUUCAAAGAGAUAUACCCUGGGAGUAAGGUCACACACUUUAACAGGUUGAAAGCAGACAGUGGAGUUCAGUUCAGUGACAUGAUGUUCUUUGACGAUGAGCAGAGGAACAUCACAGACGUUGGACGACUCGGUGUGCACUGUGUCUUAGUACCCAGAGGGCUCACAUCUAAAUUGGUAUAUGAAGAACUACAGCGGUUCGGCAAGAAACCUCUGUCCUAAAGCGCCGCUCUCCCCCUACCAGCUUAAUCCAGUG